AUGAAUAGAUUAUUUGGAUCUAAAAGUUCAGUACCUAAACCAUCAUUAAAUGAUGCAGUUAAGAAUAUAGAUGAAAGAGUUGGAUCAUUAGAUGUGAAAUUAUCGAAAAUAAAUAGUGAAUUAUCUACUUAUCAACAAAAGAUAUCAAGAAUGAGGGAUGGUCCAGGUAAGAGUGCAUUAAAACAAAAAGCUUUAAAGUUAUUAAGACAACGUAAACAAAUUGAAGGACAAAAAGAUCAAUUGGAAAAUCAAAGUUGGAAUAUGACUCAAGCAGCAAUGACAACUGAUAAUUUACAAAAUACUAUGAUUACAGUAGAUGCAAUGAAACAAGCAAAUAAACAAUUAAAGAAAACUUAUGGUAAAAUUGAUAUUGAUAAGAUUGAAAGUUUGCAAGAUGAAAUGUUGGACUUAAUUGAUAAAUCAAAUGAAUUACAAGAAAGUUUAUCGAUGACAAAUGAUAUUCCUGAUGAUAUAAGUGAAAGUGAAUUAGAUGCUGAAUUGGAUGCUUUAGGUGAAGAAAUGGAUUUUGAAAAUGAAUUUAAUGAUGGUAUAAGUAUGCCAAGUUAUUUGAAUGAAACACCUUCUGAAGUUCCAACCUUUAUUGAUGAAAGUGAAGAACCAGCUAAAAUUGCUAAUUAA